GCCCGUCCCGAACGUGAGUGUUUUAUUCCUCUUUGGUAAUUUCUGGAACCAGUAGCCUUUUCUGGUACAACUUUCGUUGAAAUAACAUCACAGUUUUUGCAUGAUUAUUCAUAGGCUCUCAGAUUGUUGUGGGAUCCCGGUGUCGGUUUUCCACAAGCGUGUCUCCUUUGGGGGCACUCCCAUCACUACUCGCUAAUGGCGACAAACGUGUCUUUGACUUUUGAAGAAAUCCGCCCGAAAUUUGUCGACGAGAAAGGCAUUGCACUCCCACAGGUGUGGCAGUCGCCCUUGCAACAGCCAGUCAGCUCUUGGGAUGGCGUCCGGUUCCUAGUGCAAUGUAAGAUUGCUCUCAUGUCAGGUCUGAAGCCACUCAACGAUGGGCUGUAUGAGAGCAUUUGAGCUGGAAACGAAUGGGCUGUUCAAUGUUGCGAUAGCAAUGUUUACACGGACAGACCGGUACAAAAAUUUGUUUCAAUCAAGGCUCUUCGACCACUCAUAUUCGAGCAUGCGGGUUCGUGGAUCGGCUCUCCUAAGAGAAACUUGGUACAUUAUUAACCAUUAUAGAUGUAGCGGUCAAAACCAUCAGGUAAGGCAUGUAAUACCUCCACGUUCUGCCAAAAAAUUUCCUCGUCAGACCUGUCGCGAAAAGUUUCAAGCAGAAGCCCCCUGCCUCGAGGUUUUACGAAGUAUCUAUACUUCUCUGUUCCGAAGGGUCGGAGCCCAUGACCUCGAUGUCAAAUGUUUGGCGGUGCUGGUACGCCAAAAGGGACGACUUCGCAAAAUAACGCUAUUGGACAUACUUCUUCGCUUCCUUGGUCUCGUUAACUCGCAGACACCCUAUGAUAUCGUCGGAGUUGACAGCCUUCACAACAUGGGAUCGCGAUUGCCCUACGUAAAUGAGACAGGCUUCGCUACGUUGGCGUGCCCAAACUGGCCUUUUGAAAUGAUGACGUCGGGGGGUUUCAACGAUGCCGAAAUACUGACAAUGGCGAGAACGCCGUCCAGGAUGUCACCGGAUUGUGAAACUUCGCGGAGUUCCCCGGUAGCCCUAGAAUUAGAUGUAAGAAUGCCCAGGUAUGCGUGAAACUUCGAGUCUCGACAGCUCAAGUUCAUAGAAGACAUUAAGUGCCG